AUGUCACGACCGGAUCUGAGAGGAAAAGGGGCAAUAGUGACUGGAGGCGGUUCAGGAAUAUGUCUGGCCUUCACAAAAGCAUUGUACCAGAAGGGUUGCAACGUGCUCAUAUGUGACCUGGGCCUGCAUCGCGAGGCGCAGCUCUGGCUUGACUCUCUUAAGGACGCAGUCGCAGACGCACACACGGCCGGGGUCAUCAAUGGCACUGGCAACAGCAAGCACGACGGAGAUGGAGCAGAACAACCAGCACCACGCGUGGUCUUCAACAAGACGGACGUGAGUGAUUGGAAACAGCUCGAGGCCGCGUUCGAUGUGUACGAGAAGGAAUUCGGAGGGGUGCCGUACGUUCUGUGUCCGGGGGCUGGUGUUUAUGAGCCUUCCGCGCCGAAUUUCUGGAACGACAAAGACGACGACGGAUACAAGCUGCUCCGGAUCAACUUGGAGCAUCCGAUCAAAAUGUCGCGCAUCGCCAUCCGCAAGUGGGUGCAGGCGGGACCAGGACCCCGAGGACAAGGACAACAGGGGGUGAGGGGCAACAUCGUGCUGGUGAGCAGCACGGGCGCGCAGAAGUCGAGUAUCCUCACACCGCUGUAUGGCGCGGCGAAGCAGGGGAUCAGCAACUUCGCAAGGGCGAUGGCGAAAUUGAGCGAGAUGGAGGGCAUCAGGGUGACGGCCGUGGCGCCCGGGCCGACGAUGAGUCCGCUGAUGUAUGAUCACCCGGAGGCGAUUCGGUUUGUGGAUCCGGAUAAGGACAAGUUGUGUUCGACGGCCGAGAUUGCUAGGGGCAUGAUGGCGGUGUGUUUUGAAGACGGGGCCGACGGAGGAGGAUCGAGCAAAAGGUUCCCGUCGGGCACGGUGUUGGAAGUCACGCAUCCGGAUCGGUGGAGGGAGGUGAGUUUGUUGAAUGAUCCGGGCCCAGGACCGCAUGCGUGGACGAGUAGGAAGGACGAGGCGAUUGUCGAUGUUGUCAAGGCGUUGGAGGAGGAUCGAAAGGGGAGGAAAUGUUAA